CACAUGUUUAAGUGUUUACUUAAGUCUUAAGAGUAAAUGAUUGUAAAAAUUGAUUAAUAAAUAAAUAACUAUUUAUUGAAGACAUGAAUUGAAUUGAAAGCAAUCAUAAAGUAAUGAAUCGUUUCCUAAACUAUCGAUUCAUUCAUUUGUCGGCAAAGAGUUUGCAAUCAAUUGUAUUGAAUGCCAAACACGUGAAGACCAGACAUGAGGUGCUGUCCAUCGCCGCCAACGCUUACAACACAUCCCAAUCGUCGGUCUCUUCCGAUGUCUUCAGGACAGCGAAUGGCACCAAAAGUUUGGGUGACUUAAGGGACAAACGAUUGCAGCAAAUGAAGCGAAACACGCCUUCCGGUGAAUUCGAUGUCUUAAGCGAAGCCAUCAUUAAGAGCACGACUGCGGAUCAGCUCUUGGAGUUGAUUUCACUGCACGUGAAUGUCAUGAAUAACAAGCAUCUGUCGGAUGUGUUUGAGUCGCUGCACGACAUCAUCAGAAUGUCCGACAACUUCCACGACGACUGUCUCAGGAUAUUGUCGUCCAAAGAGUUCAGCGAUUUAUGCAAUCAAUCCAUACGACGGAUGCGUUUCUUUCAGACGGCGGAUCUGUUGACAACACUUAAGUGUAUGGUUUUAUUAGGGCUGUCGCCCAACACAGCGAUCGUCAAGAGUUUGCUUCAAAUGGUCCGCCAAAUGAUCAACGAGUUUACUAUCAAUGAAAUCAUUUUCUUGGACUUUCUUCUCAGUAGAAAACUUACUGAAACUGAAGAGUCGGGCAACAAUUCAUCCGUAAUUGACAAUUUCGGCAACGAAACCUCCGAUGACUUCAAGCCAACUAAAAAGCAGAUAAUCGUCCCUUUGGUUGAAGCCUUGAAAUUAGCGAUUCCUUUGGUAUUACAGCUGAAGAUUGAGUCCAAAGAACUAGACUUCGAUGAUAUGGAUUUAGUGGUGAAAUGUAUGAGAACUGCCGCUAAACAUAACCUAAAGGACGAUGUGGUGAACGGACUGACAGCUGCCGUCUCUCACAGAAUAUCUGAACUGACAAUUAGUCAAACGUUUUCAGUGAUCGCGUCUUUAAUGUUGGUCUCGUCGCCAAACUCUAAGCUUAAUAUAAAUCUUAUCGAUCGGGUUGUGAACCAGUGUUUGGAU